AAGGUGAGUUGCCAAGAUCACCAACAUUAGUAGAAGAAGAAACAAAUCAAUAUCUAAUAGAUAACCCCAGCUUUAAUAGUAGUAAUAUUAGCAUAAACACAAACAUUAACUGUGAUAAUAUUAAUGAAAUGGAUAUAAGAAAUUAUUUGCAAUAUAUUGCAGCAAUGAUAAUAGGCAAGCCAUUAAAAGAUUUAGAUGAUCACGAAGAAUCUUUAUUUAAUAUUGGAAUGAAUGAACUCCAAUGUAAUUUAUUUCUUAGGAAAAUUAAUAAUAUUUUACCAACAUUUACAAAAAUAAACAAUUUAAAUUUUAUUCAAGAACAUAAUUCAAUUGAUUUAAUUACAAAAGUUAUAAAUGGUGCUUUAAAUAAUAGAAAAUCAUUAAAAAAUACUAUUGAAGGGGAUAGGGAUGACAGGAAGAAAAAUGAUGCAAAUGAUUUAAAUCAACAACAACAUGAUUUAGAGGGUUUGGUUGAUAAAUACACAUUAUAUAUAAAAGAAAAUUAUCAACAAUCAAUUGAAACUACUCGACCAAAUUUAAAAUCAUCAACAAUAAAAAAACGAAUUUAUUUAUUAACUGGUGCAACAAGUUUUUUAGGUGUACACAUUUUAUAUGAUCUAUUAACAAAUAAUGCUACAAAUGAUUCAGAGAUUUAUUGUUUGAUCAAACUACAUAAAGGUGAUCACGAAGAAUCUUUAUUUAAUAUUGGAAUGAAUGAACUCCAAUGUAAUUUAUUUCUUAGGAAAAUUAAUAAUAUUUUACCAACAUUUACAAAAAUAAACAAUUUAAAUUUUAUUCAAGAACAUAAUUCAAUUGAUUUAAUUACAAAAGUUAUAAAUGGUGCUUUAAAUAAUAGAAAAUCAUUAAAAAAUACUAUUGAAGGGGAUAGGGAUGACAGGAAGAAAAAUGAUGCAAAUGAUUUAAAUCAACAACAACAUGAUUUAGAGGGUUUGGUUGAUAAAUACACAUUAUAUAUAAAAGAAAAUUAUCAACAAUCAAUUGAAACUACUCGACCAAAUUUAAAAUCAUCAACAAUAAAAAAACGAAUUUAUUUAUUAACUGGUGCAACAAGUUUUUUAGCACAUAGUCCAAAGGCAUCAUUAAAACACGCUUUUCUACUUAAUGGCUUGGAUAUUUCAUUGAUAGAUUCAAAAAAUAAUUUGAUAGUUUUACCAGCAAAUCUAUCCGAAUCAUAUUUAGGGUUAUCAAUACAACAAUAUGAAUCUUUAUCAAAAAAAGUGACCACUGUUAUACAUAGUACUUCUUUAAUAACAAGUUUAAGAUCCAUUAGUAUAUCCACAGGUGACACAACACUACCUAGUUAUGAGAAUUGUCAUGUUUUACCUACUUCAAAUUUAUUAUUAUUUAGUGCAAAAAAAGAGUUUUUUUAUAUUUCCAAUAUCGAUUCUUGCAUAAAUGGACCAUGGGAAAUAAUACCUGAAGGUAUAUUUCCUAUUAAAUCCAGCAUAACAACACAAGAUGGAUAUGGAUUAAGUAAAUUAGCAAUUGAAUCAAUCAUAAUAAAUACAUUUGAUUAUCUACAAUUAGAAAAAUUAAAUAUAAUCAGAUUAUCUACUUUAACCAGCUCUACCGUCACUGGUGCAUGGAAUCCCGAUGACUUUGUACCCUUACUGUUAUCAAAUGUAGGAAGGACUGGUCGUAUGCCUGUAUUUGAACUGGAUAUAGAUUGGGUGCCUGUCAAUAUUGCAUCAAAAUCUAUAGUAGAAUUGAUAACAAUGAUGCAUCAUAAUACGUUUAGAGUUGAAAUUAAUCAUUUAAGAAAUCCUGAUACAUUAAUGACAUGGAAAGAUUAUCUUGAUGUUUUGGAAGAGUAUGUUGAAAUGAAAUUUGAAAGACAAGAGUUGAAUGAUUGGCUAAAGCAACUUGUUGUGGAUUUGGAAAAUGUAAAUUUAGAACAUUAUGAAAAUAAAAGUGAUUUAAUGUUAUUUGAACAUUUUAAAAGAAUCAAACAAUUUCAACAUGGUGAUGAUAAUGCUAUUGAUAGUAAUAACAAUCCUACUAAAAGCAACAAUAGUCAUGAUUUAAACAAACGAAUUCAACCAAAACUAGAUAUAACAAACACAAAAUCCAAAUCAUUAGGUUUACAAAAAUGUCCUCCGAUUUCUGAAGAUUUAAUUAAGUUAAACAUUAAUUGGUUAAGAAAUACCAGUUAUUUGGAUGAGACUUAUUAUCAGCAAAUAAAUAAAUCUUUACGAAAAAACAAUAAAAAAAUGAAUUUGACCAAUAACGAGGCAGAAACAGGUUUAUUAGGAUGGAUCUGUGUCACUGCACCAUUGAUGGUCUUUUUUUUUAUAAUUGAUGUAUUGUGGAGCAUCUUGUCAAAAAACUUUUGGGAGAUUGGAUUCAUCUUAGGAUGGUUUAUAACAGUCAUAUUUGUUGAUGAUAAGAAUAUCAAUAAUAGAGAAAAAUCUCAAAAUAAUGAAGAAAAUCCCAAAAGAAUAAUUGUCAAUAGAAAAAAACGUUUGAUUAGAAGAAGAGUUGUUAAUAAUGGAAAUUAA